AUGCGGCGACGGCGACGGCGACAACGAGUGGAGGAGAUGAAGCGGAGGCAACUCGAGGGCCUCCUAGGGGGCCUGGUCCAGUUCUCCCCCGCCGCCUCCUCUGCUCGAUUUGGCCUCCAAAAAAAGGCAGGCGAUGCUCUGAUUCAGCUGUAUACUCAUUUCAUCUCUGAUUUUGAGGUCAAGAUCAACCUUCUUAAAUCUUCUCACUUCGCGGUAGUAGUUUCACGCCAGUAUUCAGAUAAAGAUGCUGGUAUAAGCUAUCUCGAAGGCGUAAUUUCGAAGCUGCGUGAUACCAAGGAAUCACGGGUUGAAGAGCCCAUUCUGUAUGUGAAGAUGCAGAUUGCAAGUUUUCUUCUUGAGAAAGGGAAUCAAAAGGAGUGUAAGAAACUGGUAGACGAGGGUAAAACCACUUUGGAUAGCAUGGGCGAUGUUGAUCCUUCAGUACAUUCAACCUAUUAUUCAUUAUGUUCUCAGUACCAUAAAGUGUGUCAAGACAAUUCUGAAUUUUAUAAAAAUGCUCUUCUCUAUCUUGCAUACACAACAGUGGAGUCACUUUUAGAACCAUUCAGACAGAACCUGGCAUUUGACCUCUCACUUGCUGCUUUAUUGGGUGACAACAUAUACAACAUCGGGGAGUUGCUUGCCCAUCCAAUUGUCCAUCCAUCCAUGUAUGCCUUUCCUUGUAUGCCUGAAUUUUUUCAAGGGAUCGGUGGCAGCGAGAUCCACGAGGAGCACGAGGCGGUGCAGCAAGAUGGACAAAGACGGUGUGGCAGCGGGGUGGGCAAGAAGAUGAGGGGAUUGAGGAGAGGGUGGAGGCAACGACAGUUUGCAACAAAUAAACAUCUAUCAUUGGUUGCAGGUAAACCUGUGAAUAGUUUGGUCUAG